AUGGCUGCUGUAGCAGCACUGAUUCUGAUGUUUAGAGCACAGCCAUACACAGAGGCCUCCGUGUUGAGGAAAUUACCUGUCCUCAGGAAGAAGAAGAGGAUAAAGUCCUUGAAAGAAAGGAAAAUAUUGACCUUGGAGAUCCUAAAAAAGGACUCCUGUAACAUAUCACCAGUUAAGGAAAUUAUCCUUCUUCAGCAAGAAUGUACGGAAGAGGACAAAAUCCUUGAAGAAAAGGAAAAUAUUGACUUUGAAGAUCCUGAGAAAGUUUCCAUCUCCACAAUAUUGGAAGAAGGAACACCCAGUGAUGAUUCCUGUAGCACAUCAUCGAGUAAAUGGGAGAACACAAGUAAAACAAGUUCAGGAAAUGAAGAUGGAUCUGAUCAAAAGGAGGAUGAAAUAACUCCAGGCAUGACAGAACAUGCAGAGCCACAUUUUGUUCAGGUUGGCUCAUGGAAGACAGGAUUGUGUCAACAUAUCCGCAGAGCUUUUUCUACUCCUCACCUUUCAAACUAUGUCGUUCCACUGUGUACUACAACUGAUGUAGCAGAUACCUCAGCAGAGGUGGAAUAUAUGGACAAGGAAACCCCAAUUGAAGUAAGCGAAAAGAUGUACACUGAUGAAAAUUUAACUGGUGUACCAGACAGCUCUGCACCUGAGGAAUAUAUGGACAAGGAAACCCCAAUUGAAAUACAUGCUGAUGAAAAUUCAACUGUUGAUCCCAAGGAGGAGGAAAUUACUCUAUCCAUGACGGAACAUAGAGAGACACAUUUUGUUCAGGUUGGCUCAUGGAAGACAGGACUGUGUCAACAUAUGUGUGGAGCUUUUUCUACUCCCCACAUUUCUAACUAUGUCGUUCCACUGUGUACUACAAUUGAUGUUAUGCCAGGCAAAAUGGUAGAAGAAUCAGAAAAUACUGAUACCACCAGAUCAGAACCUGUUGGCGAUGGUACUGUUUAUGAUCAGUCACACACCAAUAAUGAUGAUGAAGACAGUGAGGCCAAUGACAAGGUGGCUGCUGUUGAAAGUGAAAACUCUGAUCCAAAGGAGGAUGAAAUUACUCCAUCCACAACUGACCAUACACCAACCCAUUAUGUCCAGGUUGGAUCAAGGACCCGGAGAUUGUGUCAAUAUAUUCGCAGAGUUAUUUCAUCUCUCAACUUUUGUGACUGUCUCUUCAGACAGUGUAUUUCAGUUGAUGUAGCAGACAGCUCUACAGAAGUGCAAUACACAGACAAGGAAACCCCAACAGAAGCGUGUCAUCAGCACAGUCACCAAAGGAACCACAGCACGAGGACUCUACCAAUGCGAAGCCUGGUCACAAGGACUCACCACCUCAUGUGGUUGGGGACCUUGGCUUCGCCCCCCAAAAAUGACAAAGUUUCAAAGCUGGUGACUCCAUCUUCACUGGGAUUAAAUCUUAUCCUUGAUGGCCAGCUCACACAGAUGAAGUUCCUGGUGAAGAUUAAAGCCACCUAAA